AUAAAAAAUAUAAUCCUUCUUUUUUUAUUUUUAUUUUUAUUUAUCCAAAUAAAAUUAACACAAAUCAUCUCCUUUCAUUUUCAUCACUUUCCUUUCCUUUCUUUCCCCUCCUUUUCCUUCUAUUUUCCUCCGUCCCUACCCCUUCCCUUCCCUUUACUGUUUUCUAUCCAAACAGUACGUUAGGGUUAGUAAUUUGAGUGAUUUAAUGCGAAGUGGUCAAAGAUGGAAGAGGGUUUGUAGAUCGGGAUGGAAGAUGAGGAGGGGGGAAGCCGAAAGUGUUAUUUGCCAUCGAUUGUUGUUGGAGUUUCAUUUCUGUGUACUUUUUGUUUGUUUCUUGAGAAAGGUUGUCAAGAGAAGAAGAAUCAUAGAACCAAAUAUGCUUAGGUUAUGAGUUGCCGGAGAAGAAGACCUUUCUCACAGAAAAGAAUCUGGUUUUAAACUGGCCUUAUAUGCUCACCGUCAUUGAACAAGAUGAUGGAAUUUUUUUUUUCUUUUUUGAAUAUUUUGGUCGGUUGCCAUGUCAAGUAUAAAUUGUCACAUCAGCAAUUUUUAAUCGAUGUCACAGUUCUCUGUAAUUUUUUUUUACCAUGAUUAAUAAAUUAAUUUUAUUAGU